AAAGCAGCUUUAUGUCUUGCUUUGAAACACACAGUUAACCAUUACUCAUUCGUUUGGGAUAUUUUUGCUCUCUACGGUAAUUGUGAUCAUUCCGCGCAAUAGAUAACUCGGUGGAGGUUAGAAAUGUUACUGACUUCCUUAAGUGAGUGGGUUCUGAACCGAUGACUCUGGGUUCUCCCGCCUCGCCAAAGCCGACUUCCGGAGCUCAGUUUCUCCCCGGUUUCCUCAUGGGUGACCUGCCGGCACCGGCCACCCCGCAGCCCCGCCCUUUCAGCCUGACCUCGCCCCUCGCAGAGAGCCUGAGUGCAAGUCGAGGAAGCGCCAGCAGUGGAGGAGGUUCGGCCCCGCAGCCCGUCGUCCCCACGCCAAAAGAUAAGAGCGGAGCGCCACCUGUCCGCAGCAUCUACGACGACCUGGUCACCACGGGAACGCCGCUCAGUGCACUCAAGCAGUCUUUUCCAGUCAUGCAGUCUCCCCUCUCAGCACGCCAGGCCUCCACUCCAGGAGCAGUGUUCCAGCAGGGAUGCCUUUCUCCGGCGCAGGUGGAUCCUUUCUACAGUCAGGGGGAGUCUCUGUCAUCUGACGACCAGCUGGACCAGACCUGGGUCACGGUCUUUGGUUUUCCUCCAGCCUCAGCGUCCUACAUCCUGCUGCAGUUCGCUCAGUAUGGAAACAUUCUCAAACACACGAUGGCGUCUCCUGGGAACUGGAUGCACCUCCAGUACCAGUCCAGACUGCAGGCCAGGAAAGCCCUGUCCAAAGACGGGAAGGUGUUCGGAGACUCCAUCAUGGUGGGAGUUAAGCCCUGUAUAGACAAGAGUGUGAUGGGGAGCAGAGACGCCGUCUCUCCGCCCCUCUCCGUCUCCUCCUCUGCUCUCCCCUCCACCCCUCGGUCCGCCAUCCGGCCCCUCAGCGCCUCCUACAGGAGCUCCGGCAGCGACUACCAGGUGGUGACAGACAGACAGACGCCCAGGAAGGACGACAGCUUUGUUUCCAAAGCAAUGGAGUACAUGUUUGGCUGGUGAUGAGAGAGGAAUACUGUAUAUGCAGAUAGAGAACAGGAUUCACUACAGUGUGUGUGUGUGUGUGUGUGUAGGUGGGUGUGUGUGUGUGUGUGUGAGAGAGACGGUUGGAGAAUCUCUGUCUGCUUAUUUUUUAUCAUGAUUUUUUAAUGUCUUUUUCUCAAUAAAGUUUGUCUUUUUCUUCAA